AAAUGACAGGCGUGUGAGGGGGCUGUAACACACAUCCAGAAAAGGCUUUGCUGGACCUUUCUGCCAUCACGACCUUAAACUGGAUAAGCGAGGAAUAGAGGUGGAUGGAUGGAUGGAUAGAUGGAUGGAUGGAUGGAUGGCCUCCAGUUAUUCCCUCUGUGCUCCAGCAUUGUAGAUCCCUCAUCAGACCUCAUCCCCAUCCAGGUCUCAAAGCAGUGCAGAAACCCAAUUAUCUUUAGAAACAGCUGCCCCUCUGCCUCCAACAGACAGGGCGGACAAGUGCGGUCGCCAGCAUGUCCGACAGCCUCUGAGCAGGCCCCCGGGGGAGGGACUAGCGGGGCGCCGGGUUAACCCCUUCCUGCUUUUUGUUCCAGAAGACAGGAAGCUGUUUGUGGGAAUGCUGAACAAACAACAGACGGAGGAGGAUGUGUACCGGCUCUUUGAGCCCUACGGCGUCAUCGAGGAGUGCACGGUGCUGCGAGGCCCCGACGGGAACAGCAAAGGCUGCGCCUUCGUGAAGUUCUCCACGCACGCUGAGGCGCAGUCCGCGAUUGGCGCCCUGCAUGGCAGCCAGACCAUGCCGGUGAGUACGUCCACCCAGCCGAGCCCUCGUCCUCCGGCGCCGUGUCCGAUACAGCAUGCGAUCUCGGCGCCGGGACCAGCGAGCCUCAGCUCACCUCCCGCCAACAUCGCCACGUCCGCCGUGCCCAGCAUCGUCACGCCCAUCGUUAAUGGAUUUGCCGGCAUCCCGCACCAGCCCAACGGGCACCCGGCGGUGGAAGCCGUGUACGCCAACGGCCUGCCGGCCUACUCCGCCCAAAGCCCCACAGCCGCCGACACCCUCCAGCAAGCCUUCACCGGCGUACAGCAAUACACAGCAAUCUACCCAGCGACCACACUGACCCCUAUUGGACAGACACUGCCACAGCCGCCCCAGGUCAUCCAGCAACAGCAGCAGAGGGAAGGACCCGAGGGCUGUAACCUGUUCAUCUACCACCUGCCACAGGAGUUUGGAGAUAAUGAGCUCAUGCAGAUGUUCCUGCCCUUUGGAACGGUCAUCUCCUCCAAGGUGUUCAUGGACAGGGCCACCAACCAGAGCAAAUGCUUUGGAUUCGUGAGUUUCGACAACCCAGCGAGCGCGCAGGCGGCCAUUCAAGCCAUGAACGGCUUCCAGAUCGGUAUGAAGAGGCUGAAAGUGCAGCUGAAAAGGCCGAAGGAUGCCAGCCGCCCUUACUGACAGACUUGGCAUGAGGCAUUCCCUGCCACAGCACAGGUUCUGAAGAAAAGUUAAAAAAAAAAAAAUCAUGAAGGAGCUAUUUCUUUAUAAACAAACAAAAACGAGUUUUAAAAAAAACAAAAAAAAAAACAAAAACAAACAGGAGGGAUUUCUGAAGACAUAUCAGCUUUCACUUACGACGACACACCGCGGCGAGACAGAGGGGGGGCAUCGAGGAGCCCACCGCCGCACUGAGGAGCAGAUUCAACGGCAGGACGAAGACCAGGGAGACACGGCGGAGUCGCGGCGGAGUCACGGCAAGAGAGGCGUGACCCUUGAGCAACACAGCUUUUUGCGUUGAGACUUGAAUUGUUAAUUAAGCAACAAACAAACAGAAAAGCAGCAACAAUAAAUAGAUUUCUAUAUACAUAUUAUAUUACAUACACACAAACACAUAUAUAUAAAUAUAUAAAUAUUAUAUAUAUAAAAAGAGACGCUUGUGGUUUUGCUACACUGGACAAAUGAGGGUUAAACUUGAAGAUCCUGAAAAAUGGUGGGGAAUGGAGUGAUUCCGUCCCACUGAUGGACUGACACGUCCUCUCCUUCGAUUUUCCUCUUUUCUCAAGCGCAGAACUAUGACUUUCUGAGGUCACUGAGGUUUCCAUAGCGACAGUACAACUGAAAAUCUCUCAUCCCUUAGGGACCAAAGGACCAAACAUUUUUAUUGUUCUCAACUGUAAUGUAAAAUAUGAAUAUUAAUUAUACUAAUACUACAAGCAACUACUACUACUAUUACAAGUAAAAAAAGGGGGAAAAAAAAUAGCUUCUGGGUGGAGGGAAAGGAUUUUGGUUUGUUUUUCUUUUAUCUUUUUAGCUGCAAGGUUUCAGAAUGUAUGAGCAAAAGGGGGGAAAAAAAGAAAAAAAUAUUUUAAAAACUAUAAUAGGAGAAUAUUUUAAAGGUGUUUUAGUGGAGUAGAAUAUAUGGUGUAGAUGGUUUGCAGGCAUGUUCAGAUCUGGAAUUCUGCAGUGGCGCUUGGCUCGUGGAUUGAAAUCCUGACACCAUUUGUGGGCCAUGCGUUCCCCACUGCCAUCUCACAGUUCUGCAGAUUUUGUUUUUUUUUAUAGAAAUGCAAAAAGAAAAGGAAAAAAAACUGACAGAUGCAUAAAGAGCGCUGGUUACAUCCUGGCCUCAGACGGACCCUAUCCUCUUGCGAAGUGUCUUGGAAGCGCGGACUCUGGGCAGCGGGGGCGUACAUCUUGCGCCUCUCGAAUGCGCCGAGGCCUCCAUCGUAAAAAGGUCGGUGCUACCGCAUGAAAUCUUGCUCGCCUCGGUGGCGCCACCUUCAGGCAGGGAUUUUUUUUAGGCUGCAUGGUGAUGCUUAAAAGUUCUCUCUGUUAGCCCCGCGCCACCUCGGAGGAGAGCGAUGGACUACCUAGCCCCCCCC